AUGGAUUCAGCUCUUGCAAUCUUGAAUAACACGAGUAGCAUUAAUCUAGUUAGCAAAGGAGUUGGAAGAAAAACGAGUUCUAGUUUCUGGGGUGAAAGUGCAAAAAAGGAGAGUUUGAAUAGCAGGUUUUUCAUUACUCAACCAUGCAACAAGAAUUUGAUGAACAAAAGAAAGUUGAAGCAUGGCAUUGCACAUGCUGUAUACACACCAGAUAUGAAUUCCAUGGUAUACCCUAAAGUUAUUUUUCAGAAUCCAAAACCAAAUCCAGAAAAUGUAGCUGCCAUAAUUUUGGGUGGUGGUGCUGGAACUCGACUCUUUCCUCUAACUAGCACAAGAGCCAAACCCGCUGUUCCAAUUGGAGGAUGUUACAGACUCAUAGACAUUCCUAUGAGCAAUUGCAUCAAUAGUGGCGUUAAAAAAAUAUAUGUUCUAACACAGUACAACUCUUUCUCCCUCAAUGGCCAUCUCUCUCGCACUUAUAAUUGUGGAAAUGGAGUGUUCACUGGAACUGACUUUGUGGAGGUCUUGGCUGCUACUCAAACUCCUGGAGAAGCAGGAAAGGAAUGGUUCCAAGGAACAGCUGAUGCUGUGAGAAGAUUUAUAUGGGUUUUUGAGGAUGCCAAACACAAGAACAUUGAGAAUGUGUUAAUACUUUCUGGUGAUCAUCUUUGCCGGAUGGACUACAUGAAAUUUUUGGAGAGACAUACUGAGUCAAAUGCUGAUGUCACAAUUGCUUGUGUACCAAUGGAUGAAAGUCGUGCAUCAGAUUAUGAGCUGGUAAAAAUUGAUAGAAUGGGACGGGUUAGGCAGUUUGCAGAAAAACCAAAAGGAUCAGAUUUGAAGGAAAUGCAAGUUGAUCCCAACAUUCUAGGAUUACCUGCAAAAGAAGCAAAGGAAAAUCUUUACAUGGCAUCCAUGGGAGUUUAUGUAUUUAGAACUGAGAUUCUGCUGAAACUACUAAGAUUGAGUUGUCCUUCUUGUAAUGACUUGGGAUCUGAAAUCAUCCCAACAGCAGUGAGGGAUCACAAAGUCCAAUCAUAUUUGUUUAGAGACUAUUGGGAAGAUAUUGGAACUAUAAAGUCCUUCUAUGAUGCAAAUAUGGCCUUAACAGAACAGCCUCCAAAAUUUGAAUUCUAUGAUCCAAAGACGCCUUUCUACACUUCCCCAAGAUUCUUACCUCCCACUAAAGUACUAAAAUCUAAGAUCGUGGACGCAAUUAUUUCGCAUGGUUGCUUUUUGAGUGAGUGUAACAUUCAACGUUCAGUCAUUGGCGUCCGCUCGUGUUUGGCGUCUGGUUCAGUUCUUGAGGAUACAAUGAUGAUGGGAGCAGACUACUAUGAAACUGAUUCUGAAAUUGAAUCUCUUGUAGCACGAGGAAAGGUCCCAAUUGGUGUUGGAGAGAAUACCAAAAUCAGGAAUUGCAUAAUCGACAAGAAUGCCAGGAUAGGAAGAGAUGUGAUUAUUGCAAAUUGUGAUGGUGUACAAGAAGCAGACAAGCCAGAAGAAGGAUUUUACAUUAGGUCAGGCAUCAUAGUUGUAGUGAAGAAUGCAACAAUUAAGGAUGGAACAGUUAUCUAAAAAGCCACUUCAAAUAACACAAUUGGAGCC